CAGCCGUAAAAGCAGUCAGACUCUGAAUACUUAAAGUUUCAAAAUAAAGAUUAAAAAUAAAACUAUAUAAAUAAGCUUCCCCAUCCGGAAUCUGUAAAUAAAAAGCUCAGGGUUCUCGCUCAGCCAGAAUCCAGCGAUGCAACCCCUCAGCUCUCCCUGUAAACAGCAAGCGUUUAACCUCAGUUACUGACUGCUUACCAGUUGCAGCUUAGAACAUAAUAAGUCCAUACACUCUACAGGUCACUGUCAGUUUGAGGGUCAUAAGUUUACUCGGUCAGUAAGCAGUUAAAAUAAUACUCAACCUGUUCGAAGCGCCGCGCGGGAGGAGACACAAGGGGGGAGAUCUCGCUUUCUCUCAAUCAUCUGACCCCUCAACACAAAAACUGUGUCUUUCUCUACAACCCUCGCGCCGUCAUGCUUAGUAUUUAUAAAUAGCGGACACCCUGUCACAAAAAAAAAAAUCGACAGGAUGUUGUAUUUCACGCCUUUACGUAUCCUAAAAAUCCCCAUCACAAGGACAAACACAAUGCCUGUAUUAUCAAUAAUGUAUAUAUAAGGCCCUCUUCCCACCUAACUGAAUGCAUGCACGGUGACUCCUACGAAAUAUGUCACAAGCGUCUUCUGCUUCGGUCCUCACUAACGCUCACAUCCAUGCCGCGGGUCAGAACGCAGGCCCCAACCUACAACAUGGGAUACAGUUCUUUGGUAAGUUCUAAUGAAUAUAUUCUAACGAUUUUUAAGUUAUAUGUUGAAUAUACGGUGGGGGAAUCCUCUCUAUGACGCAACUGAUCAUGUGAUACCGUAGUAAUCUUCCUUGGGGAAUCCCCCCUUACGCUUUUCGGUGGUGUAACAAUAUAUGUUUAAUUAUUUUUCAGACCUCACAGGUGUGAAGCAAGAAAAUUUACUUUUAACACCGUUGAACUACGGGUUUUUAAAUGGGAACGUUCUAUAAGGGCAUUUCUACCACAAAAUCCAAGAAUGGAACCCUUCCCAUGAAUACUGCCUCCUCUACAACCCAAUUGACGUAAGCGGUCUAACCCAGACAGAAGGCUACAAAGAGAUGUGCAAUAAGGAAAAGUGUCCCUCUUCAGCACACUGUGACAAAGACAUUUAUGAAUUCAAAACUGACACAGAUUCAACAAAUAGGAUCUUCUCACCAACACGGCAAUCAAAGGCGGGGCUUACCGGUCGAUGGUUUCUUCCGCGCAACUCCAAGACAGGCUCAAGAUAAAACAACUCCGGUUAUUUUUCUGCUUGACGCAUGGCGUGACAAGAUGAUAGCAGACCGGAUGUCAACGCUGUUCUGCAACUGUUGCAACUGGAGAGAUGUUUUGGGUGAUCAAGAAAGUGGUAGCUUUUUAGACCCGCCCUCCUCACAACACCCGAUACCGCCCCCCCUUCAACGUUAACCACACCCCUUCUCAGUAUAAAAAACAACCGGGCAGACCGAUCGGAACAUCCAUGCAACUUCACUGACCAGACUUUUAGCAUCUGAAACCAUGAACAACUACGCGGUUGAAAGAACUACUCCAACAUCACCGCAGCAUGGCUCCCCGGACAGCGACAAAUUCUUUCCGGGACCGUACCACCCUCCUUUCCCCUCGCCAACCCCUGAAUCCUCUUCCGAACUCGACAGCGACAGUGAGAGUCUCCUCACAUCGCUGCAGAGGCAUACCGUCUACUGGUCCAGGCCCCCUGGAGGUGUGAAACUACGGCCCGAGUACUUUGUUUUACGGGAUGAGAAUUCCACGCUUCCAACCACACUUCCAGCCAGUCUUCCAGCCAUGCCGUCUCUGUCAGAGACCCAGGAGGAAGAUUCACAAGUGCUGAAUCUUCCACCCUCCCCGGACUGUUCUCAGUCUAAGUACUCACAGCUCCAGGACUCAGAACUCCCCUCCGGCCAAGGAGAACCAGCCUUCCCGGACCCUUCUCAACCCGAGGAUACGCAGCUUCCAUCCAGCCAAGGAGAGACUGACACCGGGGCGGAUGAAUACGACGGGUGGAUUCGCUUCGGCUUCAUCAAAGCUGUGAAAACUGUGGUGCAUCAUCUUCUGUACAAUGCCAUUGAAAAGUACAUGCAUGAUAAGUGGAACGGAUGUAGCACGGGCCGUCCUAGUUUGAGUGACCCUGAACGUUGGGAGCAUCUUGAGGAUGGGUUCUUUGAACGCAAUUACAAGGGUGUAAUGCGACUACUUUGUAACGCACGUUUCUUCGAUGCCGUUCAACGGUUUUUAGUCGCUCGCAACAUCCACCAAGACAACGACACAGUCAACGCCGUCGCACAGGCAUAUCUGUACGAAUUGACAAUGGUCAAACGGGUGCAUGACCACAUCAACGAGGUGUAUAAUCAGCUGGUUGAAGAAAACUAUGAAUUAAAAGAUCAACUUGAAGCCAUCACGCAGUACUGGCAGGGAUCUUGAAACCAAAGCAUGCAUGUUUUCUCAUAUCUUUCUUUAAUAUAUAUUAUAUGAGUCUUUUCUACAAUUAGCUUGUGAU